AUGGCUGGAUGCUUGCGCAGAGCAUAUCUGUUAUCUCUAUUUAUGUGUUCUAUUUCAUCACAAUGGAUUACAAUUGAUGAUUCUUCAAUCAGAACAUGGAAUGAAACAACCGGCGAUCGUUCACGCACUUUAACAACAUUUCAAGUAACCAAUUAUCCACCGAAAUAUAGUAAAUCAUUACAAAAUCGUAUUGACACUUACACAUAUGAUUUUGUCAAUAAAAAUCUCUAUUUUAUCAUGGAACAAACAUUAUAUGGUAUAUCAAAGUUUUUUAAAUAUAAUUCAAAAUCAAAUCAGGUUGAUCAGACUGAACAAGUCCAAGACUUUAUGAUUAACCAAAUACAGUAUAAUAUCAUAACUUAUAAAUUAUAUGCAAUUAUACACAACGACACUAAUUCGCAAUAUUUAGUAGAAAUCGAUACAGAAACUUUAAACGUAAAAAGAAAUAUAAUCGAACUCACUGAUAGUGGUGCAUCAAUGCCUGGAAGUUAUUUCGAUUCUGAAAACCAAUUAUUUACCUAUCAUGCGCAUAAUUUUAAGAAAGAUCAUACAGUUCUAAUUACAUUAGAUUUAUCCAAUAAUGCAAGUAAAAUUGUUGUCAGCUCGAAAAAUUUUAAUUAUGAUGUCUAUGGUUUUGGUUAUAUUAAAUCAGUUGGUUUAAUUGCAUUAUGGCAAUAUAGUAUAAUUUCACCUAUGGUAUGUAUUAAAAUAAAUGAAAAAAGUGGAAAACAAAUAAAAAAUGUGACAAUAACACCGUAUGGUAAAAGAAUCGCUCAUGGUUAUAAACCAUUUUCCACCGAUUUUGAAAAAAGACAAUUUUAUGUUUUAUCAUGGGCGGAUAAUUUUUCCGCAACAUAUAUUUCAAAAAUUAAUAUUGAUACGCUACAGCUCAAUAUAACAACGAUUCAAGGACAAAAAAUAAAAGAUUAUAUUUUUUUCAAAUUGAUAUAA